AGAAAUGGAUGAUGCAUUCUACCGGGGUAUCAAUGACGCUGGGAUACUGGAAUUUGCAGCCUCCUCCUCCUCCUCCUCCUCCACCACCCCUCAUACUUUGCCAUCUCCCUUUCCUCUCGGAUAAUAACGGUCAAUCCUUCCGUCAUCCUUCUGUCCAAAAUCAUUCCGUCCUUGUCCUGGGAAUUAAAUCUCUUGUCACAGACCAGUGUGAAAAUGGUAUCCUUUAUCCCAUCCUCUGCCACCACCACCUCCUGAUUCCUUUCCCCCUAUGUAAACUGCAACGCAUCCAAGCCUCCCUUCUCCCCG